CCGUUACCUGCCCUUGAGCAUCAGCUCUCAUUGGGGUAUCGGCCCUAGUGAUGAUGAUGAAAACGACAAUGACGAUGCGGAAUAACCGCGAUAUAAUACGAGAGACGAAUUUCAUAACAUUUGCUAGUAUCACACAAGCGUGGCUGAGCAACCUUUAAUCAGUAUUGUGUCUAGUUCGAAUUAGAAUGGAAGUACCAAUAGCACCAACGCAAUCCCAAAACCAAGACGAUCAACAAUCCACCGGUGAUACUAAAGAGGAGGGGUGGUGUAAUUGGUGGACACGAUCAUCGUUUGACAUGUUACGUACGUUGGAAAAGCGCAUUCUAUCAUACAUUAAAACGCCGUACCGUGGUAGUUUUGUCGAUGUAGGUGCGUGCGUUGGCGAAGCGGAUAAAAUUUGGACCAUUGCACUAAAUACAGAGUCCCCGAAUGUGCCGUUGGUGUUGUUGCACGGGCUCGGUGCUGGAGUCGCUCUAUGGGUUCUCAAUCUGGAUGAACUGGCGCGCGAUCGUCCGGUGUACGCGAUCGAUAUUCUCGGUUUUGGGCGCAGCUCGCGUCCCAAGUUCGAAUCGGAUGCUCUGAUAGUGGAGAAACAGUUGGUGAAGUCCAUCGAGGAUUGGCGGCAAGAGGCCGGCCUGAAGAAGAUGGUUUUACUGGGACACUCGAUGGGCGGUUUCUUGGCUGCCAGCUACGCCCUCUCCUACCCAGAACGCCUGUGCCAUCUGAUUUUGGCCGAUCCAUGGGGUUUUCCGGAGAAACCAAAGGAUUUUGACAGCACGGUAAAGAUUCGUUUUUGGGUUAAACCAAUUAUCGCGCUUUCGAAGAUGCUGAAUCCUCUGUGGGUGAUAAGGAUGGCCGGUCCUUAUGGGGCUUCCCUUGUUGAUCGCUUUCGGGCCGAUAUCGUACAGAAGUUUUCACCCAUGAUAAGUGACGGUACAUAUAUAUCUGGAUACAUCCAUCAAUGCAACGCCCGGGAUCCUACUGGCGAAGCUGCCUUCCAUGCUAUGAUGAAAGAUUUUGGUUGGGCUAAGAACCCAAUGAUCAAACGCAUCGUAGAUCUAAAACCUACCGUUCCCAUUACUAUGCUGUACGGGGCUCAGUCGUGGGUAAUGCGCACCGGUCCGAUUGAUACACUCAAGCUGAUGCGCUCCGGCAGCUAUGUGAAAGUGCAACUAAUCGAAAACGCCGGUCACCACAUUUACGCCGACGAUGCGCCUACAUUUAACAGGCUGGUGAAUGCAGCUUGUCAAGCAACGGAAAGGCUAAAUAAUGAGCAACUCAAGCAAUAGUCUGGGAUUAGUAAUCACAGCAGCCACUAAUUGUCAAAAUAGCGAUGACAAUAAACUGAACAACAAUCAACAAAUUUCUGUAAAUCUGCAUUGUAAGAUUAUUUUUUACAAACGUAAGUAGAUAAGUCGGUAUACGUGUUCAGUUAUCUUGGAACCAGUAAGAUGAAGUUUCCAAUUCCCUAUGGAGCGUAUUUUAAAGCCACAAAAGAAACAGAUAGCGUAAAUAAUAUUGAUUUUAUUUGUUCCACCAGUUGAAACUGGGCAAUACGAAACAUGAAGUUCCAAUUCCAAUAUAUAACCAGCUCCCCAAAUUGAAGCUAACAAUUACAAAACAUAACACGUGAGCCUUUUUUAAGUUAAUAAAUACCUUUCUCGUAGCCCCUUAUUCCCGCAGACCGCGGUUCAAUGCACUCUUAAGAAACAAAUGGUCAAUUGAAUACAACCUACACCUAUAUAUUGCGCGGAUCCCAGUACUACCGCCUGCUCAUCAUAACUAAAUCUCUUCUGCUCCUAUCAGGAUUAACGAUGGUGAGACUAUAAUAGCAAAUAGUUUGCCGGAUUAUUGGACGAAAAUUGUACAGGUAAGUCUACUACCCAAUAUUAAGCGACGGAACUGCAGCCAUAUUGCUGUUUCAUUUGCUUUGGGAAAGAGAGUAAAGAAAAUUCGGUAGGAAAAGAAACAUAAAAUCUUCUAUAAUAUAUAUAUAUAGAGAGAGAGAGAGAGAGAGAGAAGCCUCGCUUAUCGCAGCGUGUGUAUCCUAGGCAUUUAAAUUAAAUAAAUAAACUCUAAAACAGAUUUAGUUUAAUCUUUGUUCCACGCUAGUGGAAUGUGGUUAAAGUACGUUGAUGUUAACAUGCAGACCACCGCAGUGCUUGACAUUAAAUGAUUAAUAAAUACCUCCCGUAUGAUAAAAGUCCCUGAAAAUGGCAUAUUAAUGUUUGUCAGACCGCAGACAGAUCACCAGCAGGCCGCUUUGUAUGG